AUGCCGACAGAGGUGCGUGUCCUUAAUGCAGGAACAGCUUUAUCGUUCGCUCAUAUCUUCCAUAGGAAGCAAAAAUGUGGAGGCUUCACCUAUGGAAUCAAGUGUCGACCAUGCACCACUCGCAAAGUCAAAUGUAGCUUCGAUGAAGAGGUCAAGGACCCACGACACUACCCAUAUCUCCGUCUACGAUCGUCUAAGUCACCCCCUAUUCGACGAGAAGGAACCUUUGCGCGGAAUGAGACUGAAGAUACCGGCAUGAUGGCCCGGACAUCGUUGUCCCUGAGCCCCCUGCAAAGUGACCCCAUAUCCACAUCAUUACCAACGGCGGUUGUCAAUGAGACGGCUUCCUCAAAUGAUGACGGUCUGCUGCAACAAGUGGAAAUGUUGAAAUCACGGCAAGUGUUCCUUGUGACGAUCUUCGAUCAUAUUGCUAAUUGA